AUGGGAAUUGGAAGGUCAAUUAGAGCUAAGAAAUUGACUUCUAGAUUUAUGGGUUCGUUCGAAGUUCUAGAGAGAAUCAGGCUAGUUGCUUAUCGAAUUGCCUUACCUUCACAAUUAUCCUUCACAAUUCAUUAUAUAUUUCACGGGUCUCAACUCAAGAAAUACCAACUAGAUCUUUCUCAUAUAAUUGAGCCUGAAGAGGUAGAAUUGCAAGAGAACAUGACCUAUAAAGCAAAACCAAAACAAAUAGUAGAUGUGGAGGAUAAGCAGUUGAGAAAUAAGAUUAUUCUACUAAUGAAGAUUAGUGUGGAAGAACGGCAUUGUGAAGUAGAGUAUGUGAGCAUGGUAAUGAGUUUCCUCACUGUGCCACACAUUAUAGUUAGAGAUGGGUAUGCUGCAGUGCAUGGCACAUAA